CUGGCACAUCCACCAAAUAAUCUAGACAUCAACAUUAUAAGUUGUCGCUUCUGGAAUAUAAUGGCCACACUCACAACUAAUUCGUACUCGCGCCCGACGGCCCCGACAUCGAACCUACCGCCUCUGAACCGUUUGUCCACAACGACUUGUGCCCAAGUUCAGGCAGCGCUGUAUAAUCUUCGUGCCCUGUAUUUCCCACCAUCUACACCCCAACCGCCAUCAUCAUCGCUCGUCGUCGAUAGCCCGCUUACCCUUCAUAAGCGAUCUGCUCGGAAGCGAAAGCUAACGCACGUCGACGAAGUGCCCGACUCCGGUUAUGCAUCUGCAGUAGAAGAGGAGGAUGAGGAGGAUGAGGAGACAGUAGCUCCCGGUGAUGGCCAAAAGCUUGACAUGCUCCGCUGCGACGCUCUUGAACGCAAUUUUGCUAUCAAGUGGCUAACAGGCUUCGCAGCUCGUGCAGACGUCUUCCUUUCUUCCGCCCCGUCAGCAUCCUCACCCUCAUCGCCUUGCGAUUCUCAAGACACCGACGAUACCCGCGCGGCCUUAAUUGACGAUGCGGCAUCUCUUCUCUCGUCGUUCAUGCAUCCGUUAACCUCAUCGGAAGAAGAUGAACCAGAACCCCCAAUAACGCGCUCAUUCUCCUUCCCCUUCGAACCAUCAUCUUCCCUGUCGAAAUCAUCCGCCCCUCCUACAAUCGAUGUCGAGCUCAACGAUGCACCACUCUUGAACUCGGAUCAUACUUCAGUGGGUCUCCAGAGCUGGGCUAGCUGCAUUGUUCUCGCCGAACGAAUGUCCGCCCGACCAUCGAUAUUCCUUCCGAAGCCAACAUCCCUCAAAGGCAGUCAGCGUCUGAGAGUUCUAGAGAUCGGCGCGGGGACAGGACUACUGAGCAUUGUCACCGCUAAGAUCCUGUCCCGUUCAUCAUCAUACGUUCCCAAACCAACCAUCGUAGCGACCGACUACCAUCCUGACGUUCUCGACAACCUUCAUCGGAAUGUCAACACCAACUUCGCCUCUUCAUCCUCUCCAUCCUCACCCGAUACCGCCGAUCUAUCUCCGAUUUUCGUCAGCAAAUUGGACUGGGAAACACCCGAGCUUGACUGUGCCCCGUUGAACGAGCCAUUCGAUAUCAUCUUUGGUGCAGAUGUGGUCUACCAUCCUUCUCAUGCCCAGUGGAUUAGAAACUGCGUCGAGCGCCUUCUUCUUCCUCCCAUCCAAACUCCAUCGCCAUCCGAUACCCUAUCAUACCCCUCGGGCAAUACGAUUCAAGUCCAAGGAGGUGUUUUUUGGCUCAUCGUGGCUCUACGUGCGACAGGCAGACACGAGGGAGAUGCGGAUACCGUCACACAGGCAUUCCCGCCAUUGGCUGUCCUAGAAGAGGAGUCAGUGGGAAGGCUGGAAGGAGGUGUUGGCAGGGCUGAUGAAGGUGGAUAUAAGCUGUUCAAGAUUGGUUGGGUACCUGUGCGGUCGCUGCAGCAGGGCUUGUAAUGGGUGGAGGCUUCGUUUCAAGGCCAAUACAUAAUAUCGUCACUCAUUCUAUUUUUCCUUGGUCUCUUUUCUACGUUCUUUCCUGGUCUAGCAUGAUAGUUCUGUCAUUGGUUCUUCUGUUGUAAUCGUGUUUUCUUGUUUUCUGCUGUACAAUUUUACGUCCCUGAAAAGUCUUGUCG